ACACGUGACGAUCAAAGAUGGCGGCAUUUCCUGCUUGGUCGCAUCUGUGAACUUGUUCUUCGUUCUUUUGGUGCAAAUGCAUUCAUUUUGUUGUUGCCAUUUUCUCUUCAAGUUGACGUAUUAACGGAUUGUUUAGGACGGUAUUACUGCGUGUCUCUGCGGGUUGUUGUUACAGUGCGUCGUGGUGUUUUAUAGUUUAUCUCGCGUCAGUUAGCUAGUUAACUGUAACGGUCAGUUAACUGUAACGGUCAGUUAACUGUCAGCGGUAACUACUAACUGUCAGCGGUAACGGUCAGUUAACUGUCAGCGGUAACGGCUAACUGUCAGCGGUAACGGCUAACUGUCAGCGGUAACGGCUAACUGUCAGCGGUAACGGUCAGUUAACUGUCAGCGGUAACGGUCAGUUAACUGUCAGCGGUAACGGUCAGUUAACUGUCAGCGGUAACGGUCAGUUAACUGUCAGCGGUAACGGUCAGUUAACUGUCAGCGGUAACGGCUAACUGUCAGCGGUAACGGCUAACUGUCAGCGGUAACGGUCAGUUAACUGUCAGCGGUAACUACUGUCAGCGGUAACGGCUAACUGUCAGCGGUAACGGUCAGUUAACUGUCAGCGGUAACGGCUAACUGUCAGCGGUAACGGUCAGUUAACUGUCAGCGGUAACGGCUAACUGUCAGCGGUAACGGUCAGUUAACUGUCAGCGGUAACGGUCAGUUAACUGUCAGCGGUAACGGCUAACUGUCAGCGGUAACGGUCAGUUAACUGUCAGCGGUAACGGCUAACUGUCAGCGGUAACGGUCAGUUAACUGUCAGCGGUAACGGUCAUUAACUGUCAGCGGUAACGGUCAGUUAACUGUCAGCGGUAACGGUCGGACAGGAGACGGACCGGCAGUGACAGCAGCUCAGGAACUUUAGAUAUAUUGUUUGCAGUCCAGAUAUGAAGGAGGACUUGACCCUGGUCCAGAGACUGAGCGGACACCCGGACUCUCGGUGCUGGUUCGUCAGCUGGAGCCCGACCGGGACGCUGCUGGCCUCAUGCGGGGGGGACAAGGCCAUCCGGAUCUGGGGACGAGAGGGUGACUCUUGGAUAUGUAAGAGUGUGGUCCAGGAUGGACACCAGCGCACUGUGAGGAAAGUGGCGUGGUCUCCCUGUGGGAAUUAUCUGGCCUCUGCCAGCUUCGAUGCAACCACAUGCAUCUGGAAAAAGAAGAAUGAUGAUUUUGAGAGUUUGACUGUGUUGGAAGGACAUGAAAAUGAGGUCAAGUGUGUGGCGUGGGCACCUUCGGGGAAUCUGCUGGCAACAUGUAGCCGAGACAAGAGUGUCUGGGUCUGGGAAGUGGAUGAAGAAGAUGAGUAUGAGUGUGUUACCGUUGUGAACUCUCACACACAAGACGUCAAGCAUAUUGUGUGGCACCCGACCCAGGAGCUCCUGGCUUCAUGCAGCUACGACAACAACAUUUGUAUUUACAAGGAAGAGGAUGAUGACUGGGAGUGCAAGGCCACCUUGCAAGGACACACGUCCACAGUCUGGAGUUUGACUUUUGAUCCAACUGGACAUAGGCUGGCCUCCUGCAGCGAUGACCGCACCGUGAAGAUUUGGAAAGAGUCUCCCAAUGAAAGUGGACAGGGAGACUCGUCGUGGAAGUGUGUUUGCACUCUGUCUGGGUACCAUGGACGGACAGUGUAUGAUGUCGCCUGGUGUCGGCUGACUGGCGCCUUGGCAACAGCGUGUGGUGACGAUACGGUGCGAGUGUUUAAGGAGGAUGAGACGGCCGAUCCGGACCAGCCGGUGUUCUCGCUGGUUGCUCGGGCGACCAAAGCUCACACCCAGGAUGUCAACUGUGUCGCAUGGAACCCAAAGGAGGCCGGACUCCUGGCCGCCUGCAGCGAUGACGGAGAGAUCACCAUCUGGAGGUUCCAAGAGGAAGACUGAACAGUGAACAUAACUGGCCUCUCACUGAACGAAAAAAACGUUAUUGCAAGCUACACAGGGACUGUGUGUUUCUGAGGUCACCACGCAAUAUUGUUCAUUCAACUUUUACAGCUUAUCCGGAUAGCUCGGCUGGAUUCAGCUUGAUAUUACGGUGGUCACCUGUCAUGUCUGUUUCUAAACUGAAUACUUCACCGCAUCUUGUGCUUUGUAAGUCUACAUAUGUCUUUAUAACAGCUGAAUUAAGAAUUUAUUGACAUUUAAAAA